UCAAGCCGUUCCGGUUUACGAAAAUUAAACCGGUGAUUUUAAAGAACCGGAUGAAAUAAAAACCCUAAAUUUUGUUUGCUUGCUGUCUUCCACUUAAAAAUUGGAUGUUUCAGCUUCUCCGAUGCCUUUGCAUGUCUUGUCGAACCUGAAAGCUUUAGUCUUUUCUUCGUAUCUCCGCUUGUAGAGCCAUCGAAACCAAGGGAUUAAGUAAAUCCCAACUCUGUAUUUGACUGAAAGCCCUAAAAAUUAGGUUUUGGAUUAAGCUUUUGUAACAAGGUAGGUUUCGAGGUUUUACUCAUUACUUUUUUCGGGGGUUACUUUGUCCAUAAGAUUCAUAUUUGCGUUUUUUCGGGGGUUUCAUUAGUUUCCAUCUAUGAAAGUUCAUGUUCGAAUCUAUAAGAUUCCUAUUUUACCAGUUUAACGGGUUUAUUUGCACUCGAAAGAUCAAACCAAUCUACUCUGUUUGGUAAUAUACUCUCUUCGUUUCUUGCAUAGAAAAUGGAUCUCUUAAGCAAUCUACCAGACGAUGUUCUUUGUCAUAUAUUGUCCUUCCUUAACACAAAGGAGGCGGCCUUGACAUCGGUUCUGUCAAAGAGGUGGCGCAAUUUGAUUGCAUUUGUCCCUAAUCUUGAUAUUGAGGACAAUUUUUUUUAUUUACCCGGAAAGGGUAAAGAGAAACAGGACAAAAUUCAACAGCUCUUCAUGGAUUUUGUUGAUAGAGUAUUGGCAUUGCAGGGUAACUCUCCCAUUGAGAAAUUCUCCCUCGAUUGUUCCGGUGUUGAUUCAGAGCGAGUGGAUUGUUGGAUAGAGAAUGUGAUGGUGCGUGGUGUUUCGGAGAUUUAUCUAUCGGUCUUUUUGGAUCCGCGAUCAGGAGAUAACUAUCAUCUGUCUCCAAAAUUUUUUGAGAACAAGAAACUAGUUAAGCUGGAAUUAAGAUAUGGAAUUGAUAUUUGUUUGUUGGAUGAGAGCAUUUUCUUACCGAUCCUUAAAACUCUCGUUCUUGAUUCAGUUUUGUUAUCUGUUGAUAAGUUUGAGAUUCUUCUUCAUGCUUUGCCUUCGCUUGAGGAAUUAGUCCUGGAUGAUAUAGACUGGAAAGUAUGGAAUGUGACUGUGACUGUAUCAAGUGCAAGCCUCAAGACCAUUACAAUAAAUCGCAGCGGUUGUUUAGAUUCUUUAUCAUUUGAUUCACCUAGUCUUGUUUACUUAUGUUACUCUGAUUUUGUCGCGGAAGAUUAUCCCGUAGCUAAAAUGGAAAACUUGUUUGAGGCUCGAAUUAGCCUUUUGGUAAGCGAAGAAGCAAGAGCGCGAAACAAUUAUUUGUUAGAGGAUGAUGUUGUUCUCCGAUUUGGAAAUGUGGGGAAGCUCAUGAAUGGCAUACGAAAUGUUCAGUAUCUAGACUUGUCUGCUAACACUCUAGAGGUGCUUUCUGUAUGCUGUGAAUCGAUGCCAGUGUUCAAAAACCUCAAAUCGUUAACUAUAAAGAGUGAAGAGAGCCGAGGAUGGCAAGCAAUGCCAGUUCUUCUAAGGAAUUCUCCGCAUCUAGAAACUCUAGUUCUUGAGGGUCUCUUUCACCAUGUCACAGAUAAAUGCGGGGAUGCUUGUGACUGCGUUUCUCGAAAGGGCAAAGGUCGUUCACUCACAUCUUGCCCAGUAAAAGUGUUUGAGAUUAAAGGGUUUCAAGGAACAAUGAAAGUGAUGAAUAUAAUAAAGCAUUUCUUAGACUAUUUUCCAUGUUUGAAAGAGGUAAAGAUAUAUAUGGAAGAGAAGGAUCCUACACAACUCAAAGUCACUGAAGUUUCUGAAGUCAUGGCGGAGAAGAUGGAACUCGACAGCAAGUCAUCGAGUUGCAAUAUCCAGCUCCUAUUGAAUGGUUGCUUGUAUAAGAAGUGGACUGCACAUUGAAGAACGAAAGCCGCUCAUAGUGUUGCCAACGUUUCCUUGGACUUUGACAUUGGUUUUAUUUUGUUUAUUUGGCUUGAAAACAUCUUUUACUUCCCCAGCAAUUAUUUGGUCUUUAAUAAUGGGACUUCAUUAAAUAUUUUGUGAAAGCAAGAGCCGACUUCAUUGAAUAUGUUAGUUA